UUCAUUUUGAAUAAACUGUUCAUCACCUAAACCUUGAAAAGAGAAAACAAGCCAAAGAUGGCCACCAAAAGGAUUAGCAAGGAGUUGAAGGACAUACUAACAGAUCCUCCUGGUUCUUGCAGUGCUGGACCAGUUGCUAAUGACAUGUUCAAUUGGCAAGCUACAAUUAUGGGCCCUGCAGAUAGCCCAUUUGCUGGUGGCGUGUUUCUUGCAUCAAUUCGCUUCCCUCCAGAUUACCCUUUCAAACCACCCAAGGUUGCCUUCCGCACAAAGGUUUUCCACCCCAACAUUAGCAACAAUGGUAGUAUUUGCCUUGACAUUCUCAAAGACCAGUGGAGCCCGGCCCUCACAAUAUCCAAGAUCCUCCUUUCUAUAUGCUCUUUGCUGACAGACCCCAACCCAGAGGAUCCUCUGGUGCCUGAGAUUGCUCAUAUGUACAAGACUGAUAGGGCCAAGUAUGAGAGCACUGCACAGCUGUGGACCCAGAAAUAUGCCAUGGGUUAAUUACUUGUUCAUGUGCACGUGUAUUUUGCAUAUUCCAUGGCAUAGCUGUGAAUAAAUAAGGUUGAAUUGUCAUGAAUAUAAGAAACUUGUGUUUCUAUGAUUUGUAGUAUUGAAAUAGUGGUGCGGCACUUUACGAUGUUAAGCUUAUGAAUGUAAAAUCUAAUU